UCUGGCUCUUUAGCUGCUAAAUGCUUCACUAUUUCCACCAGGUAUUCACAAACUUGGUCUAUCAGUUGUUUUGUGCUGAGAAGGGACAGUAGGUUUUUAUAGCUUUUUUUUUGCUAUGGCCUCUGUAUGUUAUAUACUAUUAUAUUUUAUAUUAUUAGAUUAUCAUUACUGAUGCAUUCAUGUGUAAUUAAAGUUGGAGCUAACAAUUUUAUAUAUUUUGGGGUAGUUUAGUCUAGACCAUUGCAUUAUAUAUCAAUGGUUUAACUGAAGUUAUCAAAUAAAUGUAGCGAAGUUAAAAAUUACAAUAUUUAACUUGAAUUGGUGUACAAGCAUAAAAUACCAUGACAUGGUAAUGCUCAAGUACAAGUACCUGGAAUGCAUGUUGGGAUAGCUGCCCUGCCCUACAACUCUGAACCGAUUAGGCAGACAUAGAGACUAUUCAACAAAUCAAAGUAAAUAUUUGAAUUUUUUUCUCUUCAUUUUGAAAGGAAGUGGAACAAAUAGCUUUCAGUGAGGAGAUGCUACAAAGAUACUUAAAAGAACUCUUUAGGGGAAAAGCAUUAAGAACUUUUUUCCUCAGUGUGUAUGUUGCUGCGGGGAAAGACAGUCUAAAAUGUAAAUGCACUACAGUAUAUUCUCUUGCAUAAAGACAGCUUCACCCCUCAGGGACGCAUGAAUGAAAUUGUGAACAGCGGAAGAGUCUUCCAGGAACGUGUUGGAAUAUUCCAUGUCCUUUUGCACUUGAGAUUAAACCAGCGCCUGUCUGUGCAUGAGGUUCCACUAAUUCUUCUAAGAACUUUUUUGAGAGAUGAUACAGUGUUUUCACGGCUGCCAGCUUGGUGCCAUAUUUAAGUUCAGACUAGGGGAACAUACACAAAGGUGCAGGGACGAUGAGAGAAAAAAAAAGUGAGAAGAGAUUAUGGUCAGCCAGAGAUAGUAUGUUAAAUAUCUGAAUCAUGUAAAAUGAAAAAUAUACUACAAAAGAAAGAGGGUGCCAGUAACAGAGUAAACAUGGUUUGGUUCCAAGCUUGAACGUGUUUGUGAACACCAGUGUAUUUCUGUGUGUUUGGCUAUGAGAUCAUAGCAGUGACCUCAACUGAUUGAGCUCACACAGCAUCCUAUCCCCAGUCCUCCCCUCUGGAGUGGGUGGGGACCAUAGUGCUAUCUGUGGACUUGCAAAGUGACAGGACCAGCUGGGGAAUGAAAUCCAGUAAGACAGGCAGUUGGUCUGGGAGACCAACUGCUGCUCAGUUACAGCAGCCUCCAACUCCACUCGGAAAAACCAAGCCAGGAUUCAGUGUAACUGCUGCCAAACAUCAGAAGUUCUACAACAGCCAGACACCACAGUGCCACUGGAGCUGAUCAUGUGCUGUGUGGCAUGUUCAAGAACCCUGGAGAUCAAUCAGCAGCCAUUAUCUUUAGCAGUCCUCUCAAUGCUCCAAGUGCUGGUGAUUCAGCUAAUCGCAUGCUGACAUCCUGUUAUAGGCGAUAGAAACAACAUUACUGCGAGGACGAUGGGUGGGAAGCAAUCUCGCAGUUUUUCCAACAAGGAGUUGAAUGAGGUGAAUGUGAGUCAAAGGAGGAGGAGUGCUUUGAGAGACGAUCAGCCCAGCCUGUCCUCGGCUGCUGAGAGGAUCCGCAGACACACCAUGGUGCACUUUGGUUACAGCACCCUGAGUUUAGCCAUGCGGGGGCUUGAUGAAACCCCAGCUGAGCUGUGGGAGCUCCGAGAGCUUCAGAAGCUAAACUUGUCCAUGAACUGCCUGUGCUCUCUGCCCCCUGCCCUGGGUACUCUGGACAAUCUCGUGAUCCUCAACCUGUGGGGCAACAACCUGUCCAGCCUCCCACCCGAGAUUGGCCUCCUGAAGAAGCUGCGUGUGCUCUUUGCUUGUCGCAACCGCCUGAGCGAGGUCCCUGAGGAGCUGGGCUCCUGCACCUGUCUGGAGGUGCUCAGUCUGGCCAACAACCAGAUCACAGGCCUCCCAGGCAGCUUGGCAGCCAUGCACAGUCUUACCAAACUCAACCUUAGCCACAACCGCAUUGUUCACAUCCCCACCUGUGUCUACAGCAUGAAAGGUCUGGUCUUCCUCCACCUGGCCUGCAACCGUCUGGAGACAAUUGCAGACCAGAUCCAGGACUUGGUUAACCUGAAGAUCCUCAUCGUGGAGGGAAACAGUAUCCACACACUUCCCAAGACACUGUGUUUCCUUGAGUCUUUAGAACUCCUCAAUGUCGACUUCAAUGACCUGCAAAAUGUACCGGUGGAAAUGUAUCUACUGAACAGGCUCGGCAGGUUGGCCUGCCACCCGCUGGAUAAAGGACUUCAUAUUAUCCACAACCCCCUCCUCAAGCCUAUUCAGGAGGUGCUGCAAGGAGGACUCAGCGCCCUCUAUAACUACCUCAAACCCACGUGAGGGACUACCACUGUGUCUGUGUGUGUCUAAAAGAGUGUGUCGUAAUGGGAUGUUGGCACAAAUCUAAACCCCGGCACGUGGUAGUCAUGCUCUGAGUCCUCUGUUACCACAAACUGACUGACAGAGAUAUCAUGAUGCAAGACAGGAUAUCUUAGAUAGAUUUUCCAUUUUUUAUGUAACAUAAACGUUUGGAUAUAAAUAAAAGAUUAGUAACUGUUGUGUCAUGUCAAAACAUUUGUUAAUCCACAGUAGAGGGGUUAGGACAGGUCACUCUGAUCACACAAAUUCACAGGUCUACAUUUGUUGGCUGAUUACUAAUCAGUUGAUCUUGUUUGGCUCUGUGACAGUGAGGAAGCACAGGGGUAAGUUCAGCUACGGAUCAAAACUGUGUUUG